AUGGCUGAUUUGGGAGAAUCUCUGUGUGGCUCCUCCCUGCGCUUCAAACUCCCCCGGAUAACCAAAGAGUUCUCAGAGCCGGUAGAGCAGGAGCAGCCUGGCAGGCAAAGACCAAGCCUGGACCCACGCAAGUCUAGGCUGAUCACGCCGACCCAGGAACCAUCAACUGACACAUCACAGAGGAUUCUGACGGUUCUGAGGACGACUCGCAUUAAACAGCGCAAACAAGAGCAACACCUUCUAUCUGCUGCGGGCCAUGUCACCCUGAGCCAAAGCACCCUCUUCACGGUGUUCACAUGCCAGCUUCUCAUCACCGCGCACCCACUGGACGAAGCCCUCUGCAACCAAUCCAACUGGAGCAAAUUAUCCUAA